AACAGCUCUCCUCCUCCGCCCGAGUUCAGAGAGUGGUGUGGUGAGUGGUGACGGUUGCGGUGGUGGUGGUGGUGGUGGUGGUGUCAUAAUCGCCAGAGAGUCCCAGUGUGGAUAACAGUGUCCGAGCUUCUGGGUGUGUGGACGAGGUAUUGCAAGGAGGAAUCGAGGUCCGAGAAAACGCUUCAGACCACAGCCUUCUUUCUGAGGUCAUCGGCGGGGAUGCGGCAACUCCCUCAAGAGAGUCCGCCCUUCGUGGAUGGCGAGGGCUUCCCGCAGGGCACUGAGGUGGGGUUGGCUGAUAGGCGGGACCAGGAGAGCGGGGAACUGCUGUGCACCAAAGUCAUGUGUGUAAGGAAGCGGCCAGAGUUCCGUGUGUCGCCCAGAAUCCAGUCUUAUCUGUCUUCCAAGGAGUUGUACCGGAGCCACGGAGAUGGGCGGCAGUUCAGCGGCUUCAGGAUACCACAGUUCCACAGCGACAGGAUGCGGGUUUGCCGCCCCGGCAGACCCAAAAACCUGGUGGGUCCACAACUCCAGACGUGCGUGUACCUGGAGGGAGGAAUGCCAGUCCACUACACCAGGAGGCCCCUAGACCCUCACGGACCGUCCUUGGGAGUGGUGAGAAGGCAUGACGGCUCAGUGAGGGAGGCCUUUCGAGUGCCCAAAGACAGCCUACCCAAAGCCACCGAUGAGCAGCCCUUCAGGAACCCAAACACCCUCUACGUCAACAUCUGGGAGGAGUUCAUCUUCGGCAAGUCUGUGAUCCCCAAGAGUAAGACAAGCAGAGCACACGUGAGGGAAGUUGAGGAGGAAGGAUGCUUCAAGUUCAUUCAUAGAAUCCUCAGUUCAUUUUUACCAAAGUUCGCCGUCGAUUUGUUGACCUACAUUGUCUACUUCUUUUUGUUUUUCGUCUCAUGCGUCGGGUACAACAUGUUCUGUGAUCUGGGCUGCUACAUCCUGUUCGCCCAGCACCUCAAGAUCCACGAGAGGGCGGACGAGGAGAAGCUGGAAGUGGUGUUCACCGGCAGCCUCUUCCAGGGGCCCCUGUACGCCAUGACGAGGAACUGGUGUGAGCACUGCAACCAGCGGGAGCGAGCGAAGGUCAUGUGGAAGCUGAUGAGGAAGAUGAAGACUGAUAUCCUGCCUCCCUCCAACCCGCCUGACGCUCCUCUGACGGGCGCCGUGCAGGCCCCCUCCUGAGGACCACUGCAGACGUGUGUACACAGCGAAGAACUAGAUGCUUAAAGUCAGUGUAACAUGUGUCGUGUUUCCUCAGGACUCGCAUUUUUUAUGUUAAAUAUAUUAUUAUCAUUAUUGGCGCUAUCGUUGUCGCUCUCUUCAUUAUAGGCCGCAUUAUUUCAUAAAGGGCUUGGUGUGAUCACACUCUGGCAGGAGAUCUAUACAGUGUUGCACUGCUGCCCA